AUGCUUGCGCCAACGACCUCGCUGUUGGCAGCGUUCUUGUCCCUGGGUGGCCUCGAACUGGUCGCGGCCCAGGAUGCGGCCCAGGCCCAGGAAUUGAGAGCGCGCCACUAUUUCGCGAAGCGCUCUGAGACGCACGUCAGCUCCGAUGUUUCUUCCCAGCCUGUUACGCCGGUCGAGUUGACCACCAGGUCCGAAACGAGUGCGAUUGACUCUGCUCUCACCUCGGCAGAAGAACACACUCCUCUCCGGGACUCGUCACCUGGUGUCAUUGUUGUUCCGGUGACCCUUUCAGUCGACGCCAAUGGUGUUACGCACACAAUCGUGGGUACGGCACCAUAUGUUCCCGGUGCUUCUACAUCCACAAGCUCUACCGUGGAGCGUGUGGAGAGUACACCAGCUCCGGCAUCUGCCACAACGACAGCAGGCUCGACGACGGCAAGCUCGUCUACCACAGGGACCGACUCAACCACGACCGAGUCUGAAAAGCAUACUUCUACAAGCAAGUCUGAGACGCCCACUUCUACCACCGAGUCUGCGAAGCACACUUCUACAUCGUCAACCGCUGCUGAGACGACCCCUUCUUCGUCAGCUGCUGCUACGACUUCCCGCACUUCGAUUAGCGACUCCUUGGAGAGCCUCAUUUCCAGUUUACUUGGGUCCGCUGCCAGCACUAGCACGGCUGCCACUACGACCAGCCCUACAUCGCAGACUGAGUCUAGCUCUGCAACGUCCACUCCCGUAUCAAGCUCUGCUGCCGCCAUCGUAGACGUCCAUACAAGCAAGAGCUCUACCAGUGAGAGCUCUACGUCUCCCAGCUCCACAAGAGAGAGUGCUACUGAAAGUUCCGCAGCUCAGGGAUCGACAACCCAGAGCUCUUCCACCCAUGUCAUCCAGGUCCAGACUUCUUCCAACCCCGCCUCUUCAGCUGCAAUUGCAACCGCAGAGUCCUCGACAGAGUCUUCGAAGACUGAGUCUGCCAUUCCGACUUCGAAAGCAGAGAGUUCCACUCACCUCAUCACCAGCCAGACCACUUCCGCCCAGAGUACUUCCGCUCAGGUACCCCUGUCCGAGUCUUCUUCGAAACCAGAGUCGUCAACCCAGAGCCUGUCGAGCCAAAGCUCCUCAAGCCAGGUUACUUCUGUCCAGGUCACUUCCACCCAGGCCACCUCUGGUCAGGUCACUUCUUCAAGUGUGGCUUCUCAGACUACCGGAGCGGCAUCCUCGAGCAUCAUCCCUGCUUCAUCUCAAGACGCGACUUCCACUGCAACCCCGAAUUCGUCGGGGGGUCUGCUAGCGUUCCUUACGGAUGGCCAGAGCACCUCAAGCGUGGCUUCCCAGACUACUGGGGCAGCAUCCUCCAGCCUUAUUCCUGUUACGUCUCAGGAUGCGACUUCCACUGCAGUCCCAAGUUCGUCAGGUGGUCUUCUCGCAUUCCUCACGGAUGGUCAGAGCACUUCCUCAAGCGUGGCUUCUCAAACAACUGGGGCAGCAUCCUCGAGCCUUAUCCCUGUCGCAUCUCAGGACGCGACUCCCACGGCAACUCCAAGUUCGUCAGGCGGUCUUCUCGCAUUCCUCACGGAUGGUCAGAGCACCUCAAGCGUGGCUUCCCAGACUACUGGGGCAGCAUCCUCCAGCCUUAUUCCCGUGGCGUCCCAGGAUGCGGCUUCCACUGCAACCCCGAGCUCGUCAGGGGGCUUGCUCGCAUAUAUUACGGAUAUGUUGUCUUCUAGCACCAAUACUGCUACCUCCACCGGAUCUAGCCCGGUUGUCAGCCAGAGUGCAAGUGGCUCUGUUGAUUCCAGCGCUUUUCCUACAAUCUCAGUCAGUGUCCCUGUGGUUACGCCUGCAUCAUCAUCUUCGGGAUCGGUCGAAAUCAUUCCUGGUCUACUGAGCACACUACUGGGUACAAGCUCGGAAUCAGCGCCAGAGACUUCAAGCAUGGUGAGCCUUGGCUUGGGCAUCUCCGCCACUUCCACGGCUCUUAUUCCUGGAGCGUCUAGCGGAUCCCAAAGCUCCGCCGCCGGAGCCUCGACUCCCCUCGCCAGCGGUGGCAUUAUCAUCUUGCCCACUGCGACUGAAACUUCGUCCGGGUCUGCUUCAACGGGUCUUUUCGGAUCUACGUCCGAAUCCGCCGGAUCGACCUCUGCAUUGGCUUCUGGAUCGGCAGGUGUUAUUCCUACCUCGGACGCAGGUUCUGUUUCUGGGUCUGCAGGCGUUAUUCCUACAUCGGUCUCCGGAUCUGCCUCUGGCUCCGUGGGCGUUAUUCCCACGUCGGUCUCUGGCUCUGCUUCUGGGUCCGCAGGCGUUAUUCCCACGUCGGCCCCUAGUUCUGCGUCGGGUUCUGCAGGAAUCAUUCCUACUGCGGCAUCCGGAUCCACUGGACUUUUCCCUACGACUGCUUCUGGAGCCUCUUCUGGAUCUGCUUCGGGAUCUGCCGGGCUUAUUCCCACUGCAGGAUCCGUAUCAUCUGGGUCUGCCUCUUUGACUACCUCCAUCCCCGGGCCUGGAUCCUCUAUCCCCUUGAUCACUUCCACUGCAGAGCCCUCGGGUGUAGCGUCGGCAACGCCGACAAGCGCUCUGUCCACAAGCAGCAGCACGGAAACGCCGUUGACCACAGAACAACCGACCACGACGACGACCAAGGCCGCUGAGACCACCCUUACCCCGACCUCGACCUCGACCACCUCCGAUUCUGAUGACUAUCUGCCAUCAAGCAUCCUGGUGGUUGAGCCCACGACUACAACAUCGAAAAGUACGGGCACGGCUACGCAUGCGGCUACUACUACCACUGCUUCCGUUCAGCUUCCUGGGUCGAUCUCUCCCGCCGGUGGCCUUCCCGAGAAGCCGGCGAACGACACCUUGAUUCAGAUUGGUUUCAACGGCAAACUGCGCUACAGCUUUGUGGCCACGACGCCUUUGUCUUCCUCUCAGAUCUUCAUGUAUGUGCCGGAAGGUCUCGGCUACGCGUUGGGACUCAACGACAGUGAUGUGGUCAUGUAUGACAUCCAACCGUACGAUAACUCGGCAAGCACCGGCUAUAUUGCUACCGUUGCCCUGGCAUACAUCCCGUCGGACGAUGUUGACACGCUGAGGAAGAUGCUUCACAACCCGAUUUCGAAACUCUAUGAGCAACCCAACGAGACGGUGAAGACAUUGAUGUCGAUGAUCGACCCCUCCAUCCCUCUUCUGGUGGGCCAGUCGGGCUCUUCCGGCAGCAGCUCGUCCAGCGAUGGUGGAUCGGGAAGUAGCAGCAGCAACGGGGAUGGAAGCGACGGCGGCUACGAUCAAGGCGACGCGGGUACUAGUUCAUCCGGAACUACCAAGGCCAGCGCCGUUGGUAUCGGAUGCGGUGCUGUAGCCGGUGCUGCAGCAUACGGUGCCGGUAUGUUCUGGGUUGCGCGUCGGUACCGGAAGAAGCGUCAGUUGCACCAACGCUCGCCCUCGAGCGUCGACCAGAUGAGCGAAGGCCGCGGUGGUGGGUCCGUAUUCGCUGCCGGUGGUCGUCUCUCCCGCAACAGUCAGAACAGCCGCGGCACCGGCCGGACCCAGAUGAUUAGCGCGCCCGUGAUGGCGGAGAAUUCGCUCGGCUGGAACUAA